AGCCACAGCAGUGACAAUGCUGGAUCCUUAGCUGGCUAUGCCACCAGGGAACUCCAAAUGCGCCUAGUAACACCUAGUAUCCUUACCACACAGAACUGGCUGAGGUGAUGGGGGGCCAGGCUGCAGAGCCAAAAUCCUCUUGCUUGUCCUUGCAAGCCACCAGGCAGGGUGGCAGCUGGAUAAGGUGUGGCUCCUGUCGGAAAAGGCUGAUGGUCUCCUGCGGGCAGCGGAGCUGAUAGAGGCAGCAGCACCCACCUCCUGAAAGAAGGAUUUCGAGAGGAAGGGUUUGGACUCUGGAAACAGGCAAACCAGGAUUUGAAUCCCAGCUCUCAGCUGAGUGAGCUUUAUUCAUUCUCCUCUGGAGCAAAAUAGGGACGGUGACACCUUCCUGGAGGCUUCCUGUGAAGAUGAAAGGGUUCCGCGCAGAGACCAGGCGCAUCGUAGGUGCUCUGAGUGCAGAGAAGGGUGCAGGCCAAACACAGAAGGCUUCAGAGAAGAGGCCAAGCCAGGGCUCAGCCCUGCCGGGGGAUGGGAUUGGAGGGCACUGCCAGGCAGAGCACAGCUUGAGCAGAGAUGGACAACGUCUAGUCAAAAGCAAAGGAUUGGAGUUCCUGUUGUGGCGCAGCGGAAACGAAUCUGACUAGGAACCGUGAGGUUACAGGUUUGAUCCCUGGCCCCGCUCAGUGGCUUAAGGAUCCGGCGUUGCCACAAGCCACAGAGUAGGUCACAGACACAGCUCAGAUCUGGGGUUGCAGUGGCAGCGGUGGAGGCCAGUGGCUGCAGCUCCGAUUCGACCCCUAGCUUGGGAACCUCCAUAUGCCGUGGGUGCAGCCCUAAAAAGCCAAAAAUAAAAAAAGACGAAAAACCCCCUCCAAGGGAUGGGUGUGUUUGGAAGAGGAGAGAACACGGCAGCCACAGGGCAUGGAUUCAGGCCAGCUCCAAAGGCCAGGCCAAGGAGCCUUUGGACUUUACUCAACGCAGGUUGUAUCCAGCGGGAGGUACAGCUGACAUCAGCUGCCAGAGUAUUGGUCACUGAGACGUGUCCCUAGGGGUCAGCCACCUGCUGUUGACUAGUCACAGUGUCUUCUGGCCAAGAAGGUGGCCAAUAGCUGCCCGGACGGAUGGAGGCAUGUGGGGGGGAGGGUACUGACCCCAGGGCACCAGCAGCAGGGAACCCCGAGAUCCUGGUUGCCUGCGAGGCUGCACCGGAAUGUCUCCUGCUCGCCAUGGCCAAGCGGCUGCAGGCUCGACGGCUGGACGGGAUCGACCACAACCCGUGGGUGGAGUUUGUCAAACUGGCCAGCGAGGCGGAUGUCGUGAACUUGGGCCAAGGCUUCCCCGACUUCCCACCCCCAGACUUUGCCUUGGAAGCCUUUCAGCACGCCGUCAGCGGAGACUUCAUGCUGAACCAGUACACGAAGGCCUUCGGUUACCCACCCCUGACAAAGAUCCUGGCCAGUUUCUUCGGAAAGUUGCUGGGACAGGAGUUAGAUCCACUGAAGAACGUACUGGUGACUGUGGGUGCCUACGGGGCCCUGUUCACGGCUUUCCAGGCCCUGGUGGAUGAAGGAGAUGAGGUCAUCAUCAUUGAGCCCUUUUUCGACUGCUAUGAGCCCAUGACGUUGAUGGCAGGGGGUCUCCCUGUGUUUGUGUCCUUGAAGCCGAGCCCCGCCCAGGACGGGGAACUGGAUUCCAGCAGCAACUGGCAGCUGGACCCCAUGGAGCUGGCCAGCAAGUUCACGCCUCGCACCAAAGCCCUGGUCCUCAACACACCCAACAACCCCCUGGGCAAGGUGUUCUCCAAGCCAGAACUGGAGCUGGUGGCCAGCCUGUGCCAGCAGCAUGACGUGGUGUGCAUCGCCGACGAGGUCUACCAGUGGCUGGUCUACGACCAGUACCAGCACAUCAGCAUCGCCAGCCUCCCCGGCAUGUGGGAACGCACCCUGACUGUUGGCAGCGCUGGCAAGACCUUUAGUGCCACGGGCUGGAAGGUGGGCUGGGUCCUGGGCCCGGACCGUCUCCUGAGGCACCUGCGCACCGUGCACCAGAACUCUGUCUUUCACUGUCCCACGCAGGCCCAGGCCGCCGUCGCCCAGAGCUUUGAGCGGGAGCAGCUGCACUUUGGCCAGCCCAGCAGCUACUUUGUACAGCUCCCGCAGGCCGUGCAGCGCAGCCGUGACCACAUGGUACAGAGCCUGCAGUCCGUGGGCCUGAGGCCCAUCGUCCCCCAGGGCAGCUACUUCCUCAUCAUAGACGUCUCGGACUUCAAGAAGAAGAUGCCCGACUUGCCAGGAGCUGCGGACGAGCCCUAUGACAGACGCUUCGUCAAGUGGAUGAUCAAGAACAAGGGCCCCGUGUAUGUUUUCCAGGCUCUGCACUUCCAAGGGUGCCCAACCAGCGGGCAGAGGAGCCAAAAUCCAGCCCAGCCCCUGGGCUUGAUGGCCAUCCCGGUCUCCAUCUUCUUUAGCCUGCCGCAUCAGAAGCUCUUCGACCACUAUAUCCGCUUCUGUUUCAUGAAGGAUGAAUCCACGCUCCAGGCCAUGGACGAGAAGCUGCAGAAGUGGAAAGAGGGGCUCAGGCCCUGAGGUCGCCCCGUGGGCCCUGCCCUGCCUGGUCCUGAAUGCACUGCAGAGCUCUGCCUCUCUCCGGGUUUCAGCCAUUCGCAGGUUGGGGGUCGAUGGUGCUGGAGGACCCCUGCUCUGUAACACAGAAUGACCCCAGGAAGGAGCCCCCCUUCGGUCUUGGGGGAGUCAAGAGCACCUCCCCAUGGGGCUCAGCUAGGGUCCUGGCCUGGGCCUGUCCGUGGCCAUCCCUGGGCUGGGCUAUAGGUCUUGGGUCUCCUCUGGCCUCCACAGACUCAUCUGGGAUUCAAAGGGCAGAAUUCAAGAGGGUAGUGGCCUUGAGGCCCAGCCCCGGCCUCAGCCAGGACUCGGGCAUCCCUCCCUAACCUUGAUCUUGGGCAGUUGCCUUUAGACUUGACAUCUCAAGCCAGUACUUUUUGCGCAUAAUAAAGUUUUAAGCUAUGUAAACUC